AGCAGCCAGACGUAAACCCGCAGCCUUGCUUCUGCAAACACACACACACACACACACACACACACACACACCCAGCAGGAAAGCAACACAGCAGCAAUGUCCCGCCCCGCCAGGUUCGCCCUCUCGCACGCGCACCUGGCCAUCGCCGACAUCCCCGCCGGCGCCGUCGUGGUGCACGCCGCCAACGGCCUGGGCACUUGGGGCUCGGGCGUGGCCGCGGCGCUGCGGGCGUCCUUCCCGGCCGCGUACCGCGUCUACGCCGACUUUUGCGCCGCCGCAAAGGUGCGCCCGGACGACCGCUGGCCCGCGCGCGACGCCGUCGCCGGCCGCUGCCUGUUGAUCCCGCCGCAGCCCGGCGACGUCCGGAGGGGCGGGCCCGCCGUCACCAUCGCGUGCGUCUUCACGAGCUUCGGCUAUGGCAGGCCCGACGCCGGGACGGGCAAGCCCGGCAGGGACCCCGCCGGCGUCAUCCUGGACCAGACGUCGCAGGCGCUCGCGGACCUGCGCCUGCAGCUCGACGAGGCGGCCGGGACGGGGGAGCCCGUGGCUGUGUACUCGCCCCGGUUCAACUCGGGCGCCUUCAAGGUGCCGUGGGAGAGGACCGCGUCGCUGAUCGUCGAUAGGUUUGACGGCUGGGACGGGAGCUGGGUCGUCUUUGACCCGCCUCCCUGA